AUGUCACCAAAGAAAGCAUCUGCAGGCCCUGGGAAAAGUGGCUCCCAAGCAGUGGCGGUCAGGGUGGCCCCUUCACGGAGACAGAGGAUGUCCCUUUCAGGGAUGAGUAAGAGAACCAGUGGUAUGUUGUACCACUUACAGCAUAGACGCCCUCCCACGAUACAAAUGGUGGUUAAAGCACUGGAGAGAAGCAAUGAUCGCAGAGGUACUUCAGUACCUGCUAUAAAGAGCUACAUUCUCUCAGCCUACCCCACAAUGAAUCCUAUCACCCUGAAGUACAGUCUAAAGAAAGCUCUGAAUGUUGGCCUUGAAAAAGGCAUUCUCAUCAGGCCUGCAAAUUCAAAAGCUACUGGUGCUACAGGACGAUUCAAACUCGCAGCCAAAAACACUGUGAAAGCUGGUGAGAACAGCAACCCCAACGUAGGCUCUGCAAAAGCUGAUGUUAAGCCCAAAGUUCAGGCAACUGGAGCUGAUAAACAAUCAGAGGGCAAGAAGCCAAAGAAGUCUGCAGAAUCUUCCAAAGGAAAAGGAGCAGGAUCUGCAAAGAGUCGGUGCUACAGUUGUUCGUCCAUCGUUGACGUCGAUGAGGACCUCGACACCAUAAUGACUAGCAUGUGAUUUGGAUUUAAGUGAGGGAGAGUUGCGCAGCGUCAGCCUCACUCUCUUCCCAAUUCCCAUCUGGGUCCAGUGGCAAGACAGUCUAGACGGCUGGAGAUGGGACUAGGUGCAGUGGAUGACCAGGACAUCUUCUGUGUCUUGUCCUGCUCUACACGUUCCACGACGCUUGCAGAGACCGCCUUCUUGACCGUUGGACCUUCCAUGUCCAUGACUUCACUGUGGUUUUGUCUCACUUCUAUAGACUGUCUCCAAGAUUUAAAAAAAAUCCAUUUACCAUCGCCCCCAUGUCUUUUGGCUCCACGAUCUUCAAGUGGACCAACUUUGUCCCUUGCUAUCCUUUUGCUUUUAAUAUAUCUGUAGAAGCUCUUGGAUUUCUCCUUUACCUAGUCUGCCAGAGUAACCUCAUGCCUCCUUUUAGCCCUCCCUGUUUUCCCUUCCAGGGGUUCUCUUAUAUUUCUUGUACUGUACUCCUUUUUAAGUGGAGCCUCAGUAACUCUCCAAAAAAAAGUAACUGCAGAUUAAUGACAGCA